AUGGCCAGGGAAUCAGGUGAAAUUGCUUGUGGGGGUAACCACCGGGAAACCCCAAGCAGAGAGCCUUUUAAGCUCUGCAUGUUUGACGACAUCAAAACCCUUGGUCUUCCCAUGUACCACCCUCGCGCAACAGAGACCCAACUCGUUGCGCUUCCAGCAUCCAUGGCAAACGAGAUCACCAAUUCCCAGGGCAUGAGAUUCUUCAUGCCCCUUGUCCCUUCGUCAGCCUUCUGGAUUCCAUCGCCGAAGCGCGCAUUAGUAUCUCUCUCAGGAGGAGCAGAGAUGAUUGGCCCAGUCUUCAAGCCUGUGGAUGGGAAGGACGUCGGCCCCUUGGGAGGGGAGGAGGGUUUGCUUGGGGAGGGCAACCCAUCCUGGAUUGAGCACUCGCUCCCUCAUCCAAUCUCACACCUCAUGAGUCGACAGGUCCACGAGGCCAUCAAUCACCGGAACGUACGUCCACCGGCUAGAGCUUCUGAAGAUGGCGAAGCUGGUCGACGCCAAGGUCCAGUGGAAUGA